AUGGAACGCCAGACUACGAACAUGCGCGAAGCCGUUCCCGUGGAGAAGAGGGUCGCCGUUGCCCUUUAUAAGCUUUGUUCAUCUGCCGAGGACAGGACAGUCGCCCACUUAUUUGACAUGGGCAGAUCCACGGUCAACAUCAUUUAUCGCGAGUUCUGCGAAACCGUGGUGGCAUCAUUGGAACAUGAGUGGGUCAAGAUGGUAACUGGAAAUGACAUGGAGAACCACAUCGGGGAAUUCUAUGCUUCCACCGGAUUCCCGCAAGGUGUCGGCGCUCUGGACGGAUGCCAUUUUCCGGUUUCUCCGCCAAAGGAACACGCCAGCGACUAUUAUAACUACAAAGGCUGGCACAGCGUGAUAUUGCUCGCACUGGUGGACCACUGUUACGUGUUCCGGUACACAAACGUUGGAUCACCGGGAAGAUGCCACGAUGCACAUGUGUACCACCAAUCAAGCCUGUCUCGCCUUGUUUCGGGGCCCACAUUCAGGCACCCAACCACCCUGAUAAGCGGCGUUGCUGUGCCCCCACUGAUACUUUGUGAUCAGGCAUUUCCCCUCACGCCGAACCUUAUUAAGCCAUUUGCGAGCACAAGCAGUUCUGAAGAGCAAAGGCAUUUUAACUAUCAGCUAUCAAAAUCUCGCAGAAUAGUAGAAAAUGCAUUUGGGCGGCUUAAAGCCCGUUUCAGGUUUAUAAUGAAGAGAAUGAAAUGUGACAUCAGCAAUGUGCCGCUUACAAUAAGGGCAUGCUGUGUACUGAAUAAUAUUUGCGAACACUUUGGUGAUGCUGUAUCGCAGCAGUGGAUCGGUGAGGCGCAGCUGUACGACACAAUAUUUCAGCAGCCAACACACACUACGGAUGCACUCGUCGCAACUGGAAGAAACAUUCGAGCUGCAGUUGCCAUGCACUUGCACCAACAUAUGGACCACUAGCAAAGCCAAGAAGUCGAAAAGUGGAAUUAUUUAUUAAAAUACUGCGACAGCAGGUCCACCAACUUUUCUUGCGCAUUUACUUGCCGCUCCCGCAGAGCUUGGUCAACUUUAGUUGCCUCUUGCAACGUAGCAAUCAGCUUAUUUUGCUGUUCGAGCAAGUUAUUCCUGAAGUUCUCAGUGGCACUCUGCCUCUUCCGCUUUUGUGGGCGGCGCUGUUGUGUGGUCGAUGCAGGCCCUUGGCUAUCGCUUGCGUCUGCCACCUCCUCCUCUCCAGACGUGUUUCCAUUGGAACGUUCCAUGCUGGAAAUUAUCUGGAAUGAAUAAAGAUAUUUGGUUGUUUAUGCCAUGCACCUACA